UCCACCAUGUCAUCGUAUCAGAAAGAACUGGAGAAGUACAGAGACAUUGAUGAGGAUGAGAUCCUUAGGACCCUGAGCCCCGAAGAGCUGGAGCAGCUGGACUGUGAGCUACAAGAGAUGGACCCUGAGAAUAUGCUGCUGCCAGCUGGACUGAGACAGCGUGACCAGACGAAAAAGAGCCCCACGGGGCCGCUGGACCGGGAAGCCCUUCUGCAGUACCUGGAACAGCAGGCCCUAGAGGUUAAGGAGCGGGAUGACUUGGUGCCCUACACGGGGGAGAAGAAAGGAAAACCCUUCAUCCAGCCCAAGAGGGAGAUCCCAGCGGAGGAGCAGAUCACGCUGGAGCCGGAGCUGGAGGAAGCGCUGGCCCACGCCACAGACGCGGAGAUGUGUGAUAUUGCAGCAAUCCUGGGCAUGUAUACACUCAUGAGCAACAAGCAAUACUACGACGCCAUCUGCAGUGGAGAAAUCUGCAACACAGAAGGCAUCAGCAGUGUGGUGCAGCCUGACAAGUACAAGCCAGUGCCCGAUGAGCCCCCAAACCCCACAAACAUUGAGGAGAUACUGAAGAGUGUCCGCAGCAACGACAAGGACUUGGCGGAAGUGAACCUCAAUAACAUGCAGGACAUCCCUAUGGCCACGCUGACUGAGCUGUGUGAGGCGAUGAAGACAAACACCUACGUCCGGAGCUUCAGUUUAGCAGCCACUAAGAGUGGAGACCCCAUAGCCAACGCGGUGGCGGCCAUGCUGCGUGAGAAUCGAAGUCUCCAGACUUUGAAUGUCGAAUCCAACUUCAUCAGCAGCUCAGGGCUGAUGGCUGUGCUCAAGGCAGUUCGGGAAAAUGCCACCCUCACGGAGCUGCGCGUGGACAAUCAGCGCCAGUGGCCCGGAGAUGCCGUGGAGAUGGAGAUGGCUACAGUGCUCGAACAAUGUCCUUCCAUCGUCCGCUUUGGCUACCACUUCACCCAGCAAGGCCCCCGAGCCCGGGCAGCUCAGGCUAUGACCCGGAACAAUGAACUUCGUGAGUGGCCUGGGGACGGGGUCUGA